AUGAAAUUUCACCGUACAACACUCCAAGUCGAUAUUAAUUAUUUACCAUUAAAUGCCGAGGGCAUUCCCUCAUUCUUACCCAUUGUCCUCGAAUUCAUCCACAGAAAUGUUCAGUGUGAAGGUUUAUUCCGAAUCAAUGGAAACAAGAGUAACAUUAAAAUGAUUAAUGAAAGUUUAUCACAGCACGUUCCAUCGCUCCCCCAAGACUCCGAUGUUUACGAUGUUGCAGGAUUUCUCAAAACAUGGGUCAGCGAACUCCCAGCUCCCUUAGUAGAUCCAUCACUCAUCACCAAAUUCUAUCAGAACGAUGCUGUCAGCUCGACUUAUGAUAUUUUGAAUCAUCUAUCUCCAGUUUGUCGUAAGAGCGUAGCUUCCAUUUUCUAUUUAAUCCGUGACAUUAUUAACAAUUCGGGUUUUAACAAGAUGCAAUACGAAAAUCUAGAAAUUUGUUUCUUUUAUUCAUUUACUCAUGUUUAUAAAUCUUUUCCAAAAGGUUUUAAUUUCAAAACCUUCUUUAUAGAAGCAUGCGGAUAUCUGAACGAAACAGGUACCGACUUCGAAUUAAAGACAAACGUACAGGUCAAUACCCUCGAAAAACCAGCUUCUAGAGCGUACAGAUCAGUAAUGACAGCAAUCCAGAGGAAGCACUUGGGUGUUGCACGCUGCGUUUCGAGAUUUAAUACAGAUGAUCUCGAAGAUCUUGAAAAUCAAAAUACUGUUAGCAUAACCGCAUAA